CAUUCCCUGAAGCUGGCCUCUGUCACCUCCUCAGCCCUCAGGGUCCAUGCUCCUGCUGUCAAUUUUGCUGCUCAUGUCCCAAGCCAAGGGUGUACACGUUGAAUGCGGUGAAAGACCCCUUUUCGAAGAAGUAACCCAGUAUUCCAGAAUCAUAGAAGGGACAGAGGCAAAGCGGGGUGAGUUUCCAUGGCAGGUGAGCAUUCAGUCGAGGAAUAUACAUUACUGUGGUGGCUCCAUCAUCAAUAAGUGGUGGAUCCUCACGGCUGCCCACUGCGUGGAAAAUGAGAUAAUCCCAACAGACCUGAGUGUUGUGAUGGGAACUAAUGACUUAAGCAGCUCAUCCCUGAAAGUUAAGAGAGUCUCCAGCAUUGUUCUUCACAAGGACUUUAAAAAACUUAGCAUGGACAAUGACAUUGCCUUACUGCUGCUGAAGUCACCCAUCCAGUUCAACGAUGUGAUUACCCCCAUCUGCAUGCCCAGGCAGGCUGGCCCCACCACAUGGCAUGAAUGCUGGGUGACAGGAUGGGGACAGACCCAACCCAAAAAUGAAAACUCGAUGACAGAUGACCUGAUGAAAGUGCCCAUGGUCCUCAUGGAUUGGGAAGAAUGUUCCAAGGUGUUUCUCAAACUCACCAAAAAUAUGCUGUGCGCUGGCUACAAAAACAAAAGCUACGAUGCCUGCCAGGGUGACAGUGGGGGCCCCCUAGUCUGCAGCACAGAGAAUGAGAAGAGGUGGUACCAGGUGGGCAUCAUCAGCUGGGGAAGGAGCUGCGGAGAGAAGGACACACCAGGCAUCUACACCCUCCUAGAGAAUUACAGCCUUUGGGUCCAGAAGGUGAUGGACAUAGAGGGGAGGCCCUUUUAUGCAAAGCAGAAGUCAACUCCUGCCAACAAGCAGAAGCCCAGGAGCUCCCAGAACUCACAGCUCCUAGAGCCAGGCAGACCUCGACUCUGGCUCCUGCUCUGCCUUCUGCCAUCCAUGCUAGCCUAGGUCAUUCCCUUCCAGGAAUAAAACAGAUGCUAUUCUUUCACCAAGAAAA